AUGUACAGUGUGGAGGACCUGCUGAUCUCUCAUGGAUACAAACUGCCCAGGAGUGGCCCCGCCUCCUCCUCUUCCUCUGCUCCUUAUGACAAUCGAAACAACGAAUGUCGGCGUGAUAAUGUAGAGAACCGGCCACCUGGUGGUGGUGUUGGUGGUGGCGGAGGUGCUCUGAACGGGUUUGGGAUGACAGAGGGGGGAGCGGACGGAAGAACAGAAGUGGGCAUGGGGGUGUACAGACCGGCACCAGUGAAGGCCUACCCUGAAAACAACAACAACAUUAAUGAGGGCCACGACAGAAUUCAGAGGAGGUUGGAGGUUCCUCUUGCGUUCCUUGGUGACCUGCAGCCUCUGGGAGAUUCUCUUGCUACGGACAGUGGGUUCUAUGAUGCUCCCAGCCUGACGUACUCUGAGCACGCAGAUGAGCGAGAUCUUUCAUUCUGGAGAAGGAGGGGACAGGACUUUAGUGCUCUAUUGGACUAUGCUGAUCCCAGGGAGCUCAGAGUGUCUGGAGGAUUGUGGCGAGGCCCAGUGCUUGCUGUUGAGGAGCUGAGAGCAGAGAGGCCACUGGCACGGUGGGAGGAAGCACCAUGGAUACGGGAACCAAUAGACUCAGGUCCAGAGACUCUACGUGUGACUGGGGAGAGGAAAUGCCAGAGCCUGGGCACAGAGGAGUGGCGCCCUGCAGUGGGCUUGGGCCGGCAGCUGUCCGAUGGGGAGGCUGAACAUUGGUCUCAGGAGCAGCAACACCGUCUGCGGCCAGCAGAGGGCAACGUGUCUGCCACUGUGCGCGCCAAGUCCCAGUCACUCCCUCGAGUACUUUCCCCCGAGGAUCCACAUUACGGAGAACUGCCUCAAAGUGGUGCCCCAAGUCAGCCACCCUCACUAAGAAGCAACAGCUCAGCUCCAUAUAGUCGAUACCAUAGUGAUUGGCCAGCAGGGGAGCGUUGGAGUGGUCAGACACAAAGUCACGGUCCUGCUGCAGUUGUACCAAAGCCAAGGUUCAGCCGCCCCAUCAAACCUCCAUCUUAUGAGACUCACCAGCAAAACAGGGGGAGCUUGGAAACUCUGUCUUCUGAACCAGUGUCCAAACCCAGAGACCGCUCCAUGUGCUUCUCUCAGAAUUUUGAACCAGUAAGAGACAGGUCUGGUUAUCUGUUUUACCAUGAACUGACUGGCAUGGAGCCACCUGGUUAUAUCCCACCCCCCUCCUACAGGAGAUUUCUGCCACCCAGGAGUGGACAGAACUACCGAGCAGACUCUGCACUUGUACGAUGGAAGCGUGAGCCUGUAAGUGCAGAGAUGGGCCAGUGGUUUUCCAGGACUUCAGGAUUGUCGUGGUCAGAAUGCCAUGAGGACCGAAGCAUGGCAGUGGUUCCGAGAAGGCCAGUGCAUCCAGGGCCUGUCGUACCAAGCCGUCCAGCACUCAUGCAGUAUGUCCCAUUUGAUGACCCGCGUGUCAGGCACAUCUCAGGGGGGCCCUGUGGAAACUCGCUCACAGACACGGACAAGAUUCGACACGUCAACAAAGAGCUUCCCUGCGCUGCAACUUUAGGACAAUCCACACAUGAUAGUGCCUUCCUCCCUUCACAGGGACCGAGUCUUAGCAUGGACACUAACAAACUGUCUCUCAAUGAACAGGAGAACACUAACCGCUGGCACAAGGGGAUUAACAAAGGAAGUGACAAUGUAGCACCUGAACAGAGCUGUGCCAAGUAUCCCACAGCCUUUCAUACGAGACCCCUGCAGCCAAUCAUUAAAACAGACCAGCAGGCUAGAUUAGACAGAAUCCCUGACCAAGUCAAGAUAGAGAGAGUAACAGAGCAGGUAAAAGUGGAGAGAGGUACUGAACAGAUAAGAACAGACCAAGUCAAAGUAACAGAGCAAGUCAAACCAGAUCGAGUUACAGAACCAAUCAAAUUGGACAAGCCUACAGAUCCAGUAAAGCUAGACAGGUUUACAGACAAACAAAUAAAGGCUGAAAGAUUAACUGACCAGAUACAAGUGGACAGAAUCCCAGAUCAAGUCAAAGCUGAUAGAUAUACUGACAAACAAAUUAAGCCCGAAAUCAAGGCAGAGAAAUUUCCUGAAAAGCCCAUAAAAGCAGACAGAAUUCCAGACAAGCAAAGUAAAGCUGAAAGACUUAUAGAAAAGCACUUGAAGAUUGAUAGAAUUCUAGAAAAGCAGCUUAAAGCAGAUAAAAUGUUAGAAAAAAUGAGUAAAUCUGAGAAAUUUACUGACAAGUUGAGUAAAGCUGACAAGCAGGCAAAAGCAGACAGCAGUACAGACCAAAUAAAAGCCGAAAAGAUCACUGACAAGUCUGGAAAAGUUGACAAAUCCAUGGAUAAAGGUUCCUCAGAGAGUGUUUCAACUGUAAAGACAGAACCAUUGCAGGAACCUGAGAAAAAGAGUGUAAAAAAGAAACUCAGUGAGACUAUCUUCUGCCUUGUGUCUGUGCCACUUUCACAGUCCAGUGCAAAAUCUAGAGAUCAAAAUAACAAUGAAGAAAAAGAACCAGACUCUCCCCCAAUUCCUCCUCCACCACCACCAAGCUCCUCCAGCGAGAACAGCAACACUCUCGGCUCUCUGCCAAACCAAAGCCUCAAAAGCACAUCCACCACCUCCACUGAUUUGGAGCUACAAGCACUCACGCUUGGCAGUGGGUCUAGUAGCAUUGCCACAAGGAGAGCUCAUCGAAGAAGGAACUCACGCUCCAGGAUCAUUAAACCAAAUCCACAUGAUGAGCUACGACGGUAUUCUGGAGCUUGGCCAGGAGACCAGUAUCGUGAUCAGGAGACCCAAACAAGCCCUGAGCCCACAAAAAGCAAUGCAAUUCAGGGUCCUGCCAACACAGAAGCACAAGAUGCUCCUUCCGCCCCAGAGGAAGCAGGUCCUUCUGAGAGUACAACAGUGGCUCCAGCGGCUGCUCCAGGGGCCCUUGGGGCUGCAGCGGCUCCAUCGACUCCAGCGGCCCCAUCAGUUCCAUCAGUUCCUCCAACUCCAGUAGCUCCAGUGUCUUCAGGAGCUCCUGACCCAAGCACCCCUUACGGGUAUCCCAUGAAGGGCCAAAAAAGUCUAAAACCAUCCAGCAACAGCGCUUUUUCACGGACAGGUACCUUCUCUAAGAGCACAGGUUCUCACAGGCCUCCAUUACAUCCCCCGCCACACCCUCCGCCCCCACCUCCAACCCAACCUCCAUCUCAACCUCCACCACCCCCACCAACACAGCCUCCACCUCAGUCCCCACCAACAGAUCAGAUUGAAGAGGCAAGGUUAGCCACAGGCCCAAACCCAGAGACCUUUGGUCAGUUUUUGCUGAAGCCGGUGAGCCGACGACCAUGGGAUGCCAUUGAAGAACUCGAGACCAUAAAUAAGGAGGUGCAAGACCAAGCAGGUAAACAGCCUAGUGUGGACCAGUGCAUUGAGGAUCUUAAUGAGGCCUACAAAGAUAUCAUGGAGCUCAGCACUGCCAGCAAUAACCUUCCUAACCUUCCCAACCGUUCCUCCAUGCAAAUCCCUGACCGUAUCAAAUCCAGGCUGUCUGCAGAUUCACUUGGAAUUCCUGCUACCGCACUUAGGCCCAGCUUAGUGCCUGGAAGUGACCCAGAAUACCGAGAGGUGAAGAGUGCCUUUUUUCGACCAUCAACCGGGAAGAGUGUGAGCUUCAGUAAACAGCUUAGAGAGGAGAUUUGUCCUGCUCCUCCCCCUCCAGAAGCAGGUUUCAGAGACUAUAAAACAGUCAUGUCCCAGAUAACACAACGCAAAGCCUGCAGAUCCGUUAAACUGGAAGCCCCACCCCCCAAAGAGACCCAAAGAGAUGACCAUUUGACUGCACAAACCUCCUCCACCUCUUCCAUGUCAGCCGAGUUCCCAUGGGCAGACAGACAGCCCAUGCAAGAUGCCUCCACACUAACGAGCCCCCCAGACUAUGAACACAUUUGUCAAACUCUCCAAAUGGCCCGUGAAUCUGGGGCUGUCAGCCGAGCUUCUGUCAAAUCCAAACCAGGAAGUGCCAUGAGCAUCGAAACACCUCAGCAUGUGCCCAUACCUGGUAGACCUCCCACAGAUUCAGAGCAGCCAUGUUGUUCAUCAGCAUUGGAGGUGAGACAGGAGCCAAUCUCUUUAUUCAGGGAGGAAAGAAGCUCAGGCUUUAGGAGGGUAACCAGCCACACAAACAGAUUCCAUAGUAAUAGGGGUGUGCUGUGUAGCCUUGCAACUGGCAAGCCUGUUGGAGACAAAGCAGGUUUAGAAGCUAACCCAGAGGUACCUGCUGACUGGCAGAUGCAGCUAUCAUUAGCUGAGAAGCAUAUUGCUACUCUGAUUACAGGAGAGGGUUCAGCAGAAGACCAUGAGCCAAACAAAGUUAUGGGUGAUUUUGCUGGCAGCGAGUCAGUUGAGAAUAAGGCAAACAAAAUUGUUGGUGCUAACACAAAAGACGAUCUGGCAGCUGCUGAGCAGAAACACUCUGCAGCAACAGAGAAAGAAACAGAGCAAACAGAGACACCCGAAAGCCAGCAACCUAAAGAGAGAGAGGAAGUAAGAGAAGAAGACUCUUCUAAGGAAGAGACACAAACAGAGAAAGAGAAAUCUGAGCAUAAAAACCUAGUGACUGAAGAAACAGACCAGGAGAGUAAUAAGACCACAGAGGCUAAGAAAGAACCAAAUGUGAUUUUGAGGGCAAAUAAGGCUGCAAUAUGGACCCAUUCAGGUUUAGAUGCGGAGCUACGACCAGAAUUUCCACCAGAGCACCUUCCUCUAUCUGUGCUACCUUACCCCAAUCGUAGACUGUCUCUGGGGUUAGAUUGGGAGAAAGGUGGGUGGGAAGGGGAAAGUUUGGGUCAAGGUGGAUUCUGGUCCAGAGAGAGGCGGUCUCUUGAUGCUGAAAGAUGGGGUGUUGGUGGGGAGAGGUGGGGUUUAGACAAUAAUAGACAGGAAGGAGGUGGUGAAAAACGGGGUCUGGGGGGUUGGCGUGGGUGUGGGAUAGACAGACAAGGCGCAGAUGAUUCUGACUGGGAGUUAGAUAGUAGUAACCAGGACAUUGGUGAAAAAGGGGAGGUUUCGGACACAAAACAGAAAACACUUAAGCAGGGUCUCAGUGAAGAUCAUAGUUGUUCAGCCUCUAGCACCGAUAAAGUGUGGCAUAAAGAAGAUGCUGCAAAUGAAGUCAUUGAUAAGGAGCAGAGUCAAAUUCCAGAUGAUGGUCAGGGUUCAGGGGUUGAGAGAUGGAGCCAUGGACUUUCUCAAAGAAUAGAGGCUCUUUUUACAGCCCCACCUGGGCAUGGCUCAGAGGAGAGACUUGCCCGCAUGAGGGAGGUGAAGACUGUCUCACGAAUGAGACGCCUUAGCCUCCGUAGCUCAGACUCAUGGGAUGGACUACAGGGGGUUGGGAGGUGGGGAGAGCUUGGGAGGGAGGAAGAAUACCCCCUUGCUGGCCCACAGGAACAUUCAAACCUCACAAAAGAAGAUGAUAAACAGGACAGUGCCCUUUCUGCAGUCAUCAGUGAACCUAAAGAUACAAAGGACGACCAGGCAACCAAAAAAGAGUCACAGGAGCCCAGCCAGGUGGAGAGGUCGUAGCUGAACCCUAGAGGUCAUCCAACUAAGGGCCAGCCUCCAGCACUGUGACCUGGCUGUCUGCUAAAUGCCUUCAUCCUCAUAUGCUACUGAAACAUCCUCAGACAUCACUCGCAUAUACAGUAUAUAUACACACACACACAUACAAUGUUUGACACCAAAACACUGAGAUUCUAAAACUUGCAAAACACAGGUACAGAUACAUUCUCACACGUCGGUGCGUAAACAUACAUGUAUAAAAACAAUACACAUAAACUGACACACAAACACUCAAAGUCAUUGCCAUGUAUGCAGACACUCAUGUGCAUUCAGAACACAUUUAAAGGAAUAGUUCACCCGAAAAUUAAAGUUCUGACAUUAUUUAAUCUCUCUAAUGUUGCUCCAAUAACAUAUUACUUUAUUUCUCCCGUGGAACACAAAAGGAAUUAAAUGUUUUUUUUUUGUUUUUUUUUAUGGCUUUUUGCCAUACUGUAAAAGGAAAGUGAAUGGUAACUCUAGGCUGUCAAAGUCAAAGGACCAAAAACACCGUAAAACCACAAAUGAUCAUAUUUAUUUGUCCUUUUUAAGGCUUGAUAGCCCUGACCUGAGUCACCAUUCACUUUCAUUAUAUGGCAAAAAAUAAAAUAAAAUAAAAAUAAUAAUAAUUGGGGGGAAUUAUUCAUUUUGUGUGACACGGAAGAAAGAAAGUCAUAUACUGUGUGUCUGGAGUUAAAUUAGGGUGAGUAAAAAUGAAUUUAAUGUUUGGGUUAACUAUACCUUUAAACACCUUGCCACACUGAGACUUCUGAAAUGGCCUUCUACUCCGACAAGAGCAUUGUGUAUCAACUCCACUCCACGCCCACUCAGUUCCAGCUCUGCUGGCUUUCUAAGUGUUGCUGUUCCACUGCCAGAACAAGGGAAGUUCCCAAUAAUGCCCCAUUGCCCUUCAUAUGUUACAGUUCUCAUGACGCCCUGUUUUUGUACCCCGUCAUUUAUCACCCCUCUUUCCCUCCAAUUUUUAUAAAUAGUUGGGUUUAUCGAACAUUGUCUGGUGCGUUACUCAACAACAAUGAAACAACGUUGUUGUGUGACCAAGAAACAUUACAAACAACUCAUCACUGUCUUUUGUAAAAAGCUAUUGACUGUUUGAAAAGUAUGACAAUGACAGAACAAGCGAUGGAGUUUAAAACCAGCUACAAUCUCUGAUACUGUCCUUGCACAAAACCUAUCAUCUGCAAAACUCCUUCUUUGCAUCUUUGCAUGUUCCUUCUAUCCUCAAUCUAUUUUUUUGAGGUCCUCAGUCUUUUCACUAACCCUUCAUUACACUAAGUUCGCAUACAUUGCACUAAUUUCUCAAUCAUCUAGACAGUGUUAUCUCGGCGCACCAAUGUUUGGGAAUACCUUGAAAUAUGGCUAUUUGUGUAAGUCCUCAUUAUUCCACUGGAAUUAACAACAUCCUGUUUCUCUGUAUUCAAUGUUCUGUGCUACACUUCUUAAUUACAAUGACCAUGAGUGAUUAACUGUGUCAUUUACACUGUAACCAUAAUAAACCCUUAUCUAUUGAGUUUGAAAACCAAACCUCAUCAUAACAUCCACACCUCAUUGUCGGUCCUGCACUAACAUCUGUUUGUAUCCUAGUGCUUUAGCUGACAAAACCUCACUGCUGUUAUGCUAUAUUAUUGACUUUAAAGGCCCCAUGAAAUCAAAAUUGUGGCUUUUAAUUCAUGUCUGUUAGCUUUGAGCCCCUCUGUAUUCUACUUCUAAAGUAUGUUUCACACUGCCCCAACAAACACCAACAUUCUUAAAGGAAUAUUCUGGGUUUAAUACAAGUUAAGCUCAAUUGACAGCAUUUGUAGCAUACUGUUGAUUAAAACAAACAUUUAUUUAGACUUUAAAUGGAAGUGAAUGGGGCCAAUCUGUAAACGUUUAAAUACUCACUGUUUCAAAAGUAUAGCUACAAGAUGUGAACAAUAUGCGUGUUGACAUGAUCUUAGCUUACUAAGCUUUUCUAUGUAGUUAUAUUCAAUUUGACAACUUUGUUGCAAUGAUGAUGUAAACCCUAAAACCUAAAAUCAAUUUAAUACAAUUUAUACAACUUUACAGCUCAAAUAAUAUACAAGUUUUAACAGAAGAAUUAAUGUGUGUUCUAAAAACGAAGGGAUGAGUCAAACAUUUUUUUUUGUGGUAAUCAACAUUAUACCACAAAUGCUGUUUAUUGAUCUUAAUUUGUACUGAACCUGGAAUAUUCCUUUAAGUUGGCUGUUGGAUUUAGAAUAUUUGGAAACAUAACUGUCAUUUUCACACUGCCCAACAAAACCCAACGGGGUUACACUGACCGUGCUUUUUGGCGUUUGUUGGGGCAAUGUGAAUUAGCCUUAAAAGUUGACAACUAAUUUGCGGAUGUAUACUAAAGGCUAUUGGCUAUUUUAAAACAAGGGACAAGCCCUUCGAUGUGUCCCACCCCAACUUCUUGUUUUAAUAUGAAAUACAUGAAGAAAGAAAAUUACACUUGUCAAGCCAUUUCAUGGGGUAUUUCAGCUAAACCACAGUGUCCUAACCAGGCGUGAUGCAACAAGGUUCCAGAGACAUUUUUUGCUGUUCGCUUUUUCUUAUAACAACUGGUUAGAACACACUUUGACAACCUUUCCUAUGCACAAACAGUACCCUAACCCAUCUGACCCACCCUAUAUAAUCUCACACUUUCAACAGUCCACCAAGAAACCAAUCCAAGGGAGCAUCCCAACCCCCUCUUGUCCUCCAUCCCCAAGCCUUUCCUCUGUCAGCAUCAUGGGACUGUCAUUGUUUGUUGGAACAUGUGGUCCACUUGUGGAGUGCUUUUAAGGGGUGUAGUCACCCCUCUGUCUAAUAUGAUUCUGAUUGCGCAGACAUGAAUGUUUUGUGGAUGCUUUUUAACUUUUGGUAAUUUUUUUUUUUUUUUAACUUACCAAAUCCAGGGUGGCAGACUUAAGCUUACUGUUCAAUUAUUUGUAUUUAUUAUUUGUUAUUUAUUCAUUUCUUUUCAUGUUUAUGCGUCACCGGAGCUGUUCUGCUCCAAAUCAGGAGUUGGUUGGAGGAGACGCUCAAUGGCUCUGAACUGUUUUCAUUUUCCAACAAAUCGAUAAAAGAAAUUGUACAACUCUUGGUUUGAACCCAUAGUGCCCUAUAACCAGAACUUUUCAGCACACUGUAAACAUAUGUAUGUCCCUGAGUGUAGAGAGCUUUGUACAGUAUCAGCUAAAAUCAGAUGUAUUGCAGGUCAAUCGGAGACCUGGGUGGGGUGAGCGUUUCAGUAUUUGAUGUAUCAACUUUAAAAGCACCUUGUUAACAUAUUUUUAUCGUGAUUGGAUUCAAAGAGAAUUUUUAGCUAUCGAGUGGCCUUUUUGAAACACCAGUAAUGAUAAGCCUAAGGAAUUACUUCGAAACACCACCAAAAUGUUUAUAUCUCAAGUGUCAAAAUGUGCAUAAUGUUUUGAAUGUUUGUCUGAUAUAUCAAAUACCUUAAAUGAUGUUGCGUGACCCAGGUUUUACCCAGGUGAGAUUUUAAAUUCGGGGACUAUUUUCAGGCGAUGUAGACUUGAGAAAACAGUAAUGUUUUGUGUCUAUACCCUAAAACCCCAGGUCACUUCGGGAAGCAAUAAAUGCUUACGAGUGUUUCAAUGAAAAAGCUAAACGUGUACAGAUACAGUCAUUUUAAUGGUUAAAUAUAGAUGGUUGCGAAGUAGAGGACAGCUCUAGAUAUGUAAUGAUUUGGAUUAGUUUAGAGGAAAGAUACUAAAUGGUAAUGUGUGAUAUGUAUGGAACAAUUUAGCUAUUUUUAGGAAAAACUAAAUUUUCAGAAGUUACAAUAUGUUAUGGAAUGGAGAGAUGUGAUAUUUUAUGACAUCAUAAUGCAUGAAUGCUUGAGCAAUAUUGUCCAACACAAAAGCUCAUUGGCUGUAGAAAAUCUGGGAACCAGGAUGUACUCGUGUUAAAGUGUCAUCUAUCCAAAUGUCACACUUAGAAAAGCAUUUAAAGUAUAAAGUGUGUGUAUAAGUGUGUAUGCGCAUGUGUGUGCGCAGUGGCAGAUUUAAGCAUGGGCGACAUGGACAGCUGCCCGUGGCAGCACUGAUACACCAAACGUGCUGAAGCAGGUUUUGCCCAGGGCGCCACACAAGCUAGAACCGCUACUGUGUGUUUGCUUGUUUUAUCCCUGUCAUAGUACCAUCCAUGUGAUUUAAAAAAAGGCAUUUCAAUGAAUACUUAUUUUUGUUAUCAUUGUUAACCAGUCUGCAUAUGUAUAAAAUAAAAGUAUAUUUUAAAUAUUUUAAAAGAUAUUUUGUAUUUAACCAUAAUAAUUAAUUUCUUCGCUCUUGGAUCAAGUUGCCGGUAUUAUUAUGUUGCUGUAUAGAAUGCUAAGAAAAUUAUAUAAUUUUCUAGUGCUUAAAGGGGCCAAAUUUAACCGAAAAGUUAUCAUGUUUGUAGAGACCUGCAGUAUAUGUCCUAUUUUGGCUCUCGAACCUUGAACUGAUAGGGGCUGAACCUGAAUCAUUCUGAACAUGGGACGUGAAUUACAGGAUUUUGCUUUUUACGUUUGUAGAACAUGCUGCAGUAUAGUGAAAAGGCCCACAGUUGAUAUUUAAUGCUUUGUAUAGCUGUAAUGUUUCAUUCAAUUUACAUCAAUAAUCAAUCUGACAUUUAGUGGAUCCUGCAGCUGCCUAGAAACCUACGGUUCCUUACAACAAAGUGCAUACAACAAGGAAAUUGCAACAUUAGAGGUGACUUUGUUAUUUUGAUUAUGAUCAAAGGUAAAUGUGGCCUUAUUUUGUUUGAACAUUUGUACGUCUUCCAUUCAGAAUCAUGUACUGUUAUCACCAUGAGCUCGUACCAACGUUUUUCUAUAAAGAAAUGAAAAACACAUCACACAGCCAAAUAUUUCUUUCUCUCUUUGCAAAUAUGAUAAGCUAAAUCUUGGAUUGAAAGGAUGAUGUGUAGCACACUGACAGGAUCUGAUCCCUCUUUCACUGAAAAGGCCAUAACUGUUAUGAUUUCAAGCUGUUUUCAUAAACUAUGUAGCAUUUUUGCCAUUGUAGCAUUCAGAGUCAAAUGUGAACGGAAUUUUAUUGUUUUUAUGUUCAUUUGUAACGGGAGUCGUAAUGAUAACACUGUCUGUAUUUUGAAACAUAAGCUGUUUGUUGCAUUUUCAUGCCAAGAGUGUCAUCAGUUACAUUUUUAAUGCUUAUUUUUUAAUCAUCUGACAUUUCUGGAUAUCAUGGUUGGCAUUUGCAUACAUCAUUUUGUUGUUCCAUGUUUGUAAAUGUUUUAGGCAUUUUAAAUGUAAAUAUGUGACAUAAGGAUGAAAAAAACAAACAAACAAAUUUAAUAAACAUUUUCUACAAUUUAA